AGUAACUGAGCGGGUCUUUUUUGCCUGCAUUAGCAACGUGGUAAACGGCAGGAGACGUGUAAAUACACAAUGGUUGCCCAGAAGAAACAGAAAAAGGCUCGCGAGAGCAUCAAUUCUCGGCUGGCCCUCGUCAUGAAGUCUGGGAAAUACGUCUUAGGCCACAAGCAGACCAUCAAGACGCUCAGACAGGGCAAGGCGAAGCUGGUCAUCAUUGCAAACAACACGCCGCCCCUGAGGAAAAGUGAGAUUGAGUACUACGCUAUGUUGGCCAAGACUGGUGUGCAUCACUACACAGGCAACAACAUUGAACUGGGCACAGCCUGCGGAAAGUACUACAGGGUGUGCUGUCUGAGCAUCACCGAUCCUGGUGACUCUGACAUCAUCAGGAGCAUGCCAUCUGAACAGUAAUGAGGGGGUGUGACUGAUUAAAGUAAUUAAAAAAAAUUGUUUUUCA